CUCGCAGCGCCGAGAGCUUCUGAGCCGUGCGCCGGGAAAGUUGGAGGCAGCGCAGCCACCGAGGGCUCCCACCUGCGACAGGCGCUGGGGGAGAGCAGCACCUUCCCAGGUUGUCCUUGAGAGACAGCAAAGCUCCAUCCCUGCUGAAGCACCACUCGCCACUGUCACCCACCAAACACACAAAGCACAUGAGACCUCACAGGACCUGGCCCCACAGCUGCUCAGAGGAAAGAAGAAGGCAGGAGAGAAGAAUGGAGUAGUUGAGACCCGCUAGAAGCUGCCACAGAGGAUUGGCUGCAGAACCAAGCUACGAGAUGGGGCCAACAGGCACAAGAAAGUCACCAGGUCACAUCUUUCCCUAGACUGUGUCAUUCCUAGCACACAAGCCUGAACACGUGAAGUGACUCUGCAGCGUUCCCAAGGUCAUUGCAGGCCCAAGGUUACUUUGGAAAGGGCUCUAGGGCUGCCUACUAGAGGCUCACUCCACACAGCGUUGGAGCCGGUGAGAGCAGGACUGCUCCAUUUAUGCAGCCGCACUAUGGAUCUGUGUUACAAUCACACAAGCUCUCAGAAAAGGAUGGACUUCCCCCUGCAGCUGUUGGUUGGGUCCUGCCUCACCAUCCUCAUCGUGAUCACUCUCUGUGGUAACAUCAUGGUCUGCCUGGCAGUCAGCCUCGACCGCCGGCUCCGCAGUUUGACAAACUGCAUCAUUGUCUCCUUGGCCGUCACUGACUUGCUGCUGGGUCUCCUGGUGCUGCCAUUCUCUGCCUUCUAUGAACUGACCAAAGAGUGGCCCUUUGGCAGCACUCUGUGCAACAUCUAUACGAGCCUGGACGUCAUGCUGUGCACGGCUUCCAUCCUCCACCUCUUUAUGAUCAGCCUGGACCGCUACUUCGCUGUCACCACCCCCCUCCGCUACGGCCAGGUGGUCACUCCUCCCCGGGUCACUGUGGGUUUGGUUGUUAUUUGGGCUGUUUCACUGAUGGUGUCCUUUCUACCCAUCCACCUGGGCUGGAACACCAAUGGGACUGCAGUGCAAAACACAGUCCCCAGCUGCAGCAAGGAGUGCACGCUGGAGGUGAACCCUGUGUACGGGCUCGUGGAUGCCUUGCUCACCUUCUACAUUCCUUUGGUCAUCAUGUGCGUCACCUACUACCGGAUACUCAAGAUAGCAAGGGAGCAAGCCAAGAGAAUAAACCAUACGUGGUGCUGCAGCAGCAACAGCCCCAUGCUGCCCAUGGUGAAAGAGCACAAAGCCACCAUAACGCUGGCAGUGGUGCUGGGAGCGUUCAUUGUGUGCUGGUUCCCCUAUUUCACAGUGUUUACGUACCGAGGGAUGUGGGGGGACAGCAGGGUGAAAGGCACACCCAUGUCUGUUGUCCUCUGGCUGGGCUACACCAACUCAGCCCUGAACCCCAUCCUCUACGGGACGCUCAACAGGGAUUUUCGGGUGGCAUACCAACACUUGUUGCACUGCUGGAGGAUUGGGGGCCCCAGGGGCUCCUGCCUGCCUCCCUUCCAGAAGGCCCAGUCCAGGGGCAGGACUUGCAGGCAGGGCCAGGGCAGGCAGGAGGGUAAACCCCUGAAACUGGAGGUGAGGAACGGGAAGGGAAUCUUGCUGACUGACGGAGCCCUCAAGAGGUAAGAGCCUUCUUACAUGUGGAGCUUUGUUGGUGGGCCCAUCCUCAGAC